AUGAUUGGACAUAGUAAAGAAGUAAAUCAUGAAAAUAAUGGUGAAUUAAUAAAAGACUUUGACAGUGAAGUCAACACGAAAAAUGAUAAUUCUGAAUCUUUGGAUAUAGUCGAACAUGCUUUUGAAUCUCCUGAAAAAGCAAAUUACUUUAACGGAGGGCUCAAUAUUCCGACUGAAUCUUGGGAUAUGAUUGAAUAUGAUGAAUUAAUAUGUGGCUUUAAAAGUGGAAUCAACAUUAAUCCUCAAUAUUUGGAUAUAAUUGAAGAUACUUUAGAAUAUUUUGAAAGAAAAGAUGACGUUGACGGACCGCUCGAGAAAAUUGAUCAUCUUGGAAAUAGUUAUUAUGAAUGA